AUGGAUAUGAUGCUCAGCCCCAAGAAACUCAUCAAACUGACUAGGAAGAUACCAGUCAUCAGAAGGAAAAAGAACUCAUACCCAAGAGCAGGAGUAAGUACUAGUUUCAAGAUGGAUAGCCCUAAGUCUACAGAUAAAGGUGCUUUUGUUAUCUACACCCUUGACCAAAGGCGUUUUGUUCUUCCCUUAUCCUUUCUAUGCAACUACAUUUUUCAAGAGCUUUUCAAGAUUGCCGAAGAAGAGUUUGGAAUACCGAGUGACGGGCCUAUUGUUGUUCCAUGCGAUUCACUUCUCAUGAAUUACAUUGUCUCACUUGUCCAACUUGGAAUGAGUUCAGAUUUGGAGAAAGCUAUACUCAACUCCAUCAUCAGAAGUAACUGCUCCAUAUCUACUUUUGAUGGUCAAGCACAGACGAGCAAACAAUUACUCCUCUUUGGUUACUAA